GAUUAAUUCUUAUCCAUUUAUCUACAAAAGAUUGAGGGUAGAUUGAGUGUUCGAGUAAUCCGAUUAGAACAUCUCUUUUAAAAAAAUGUACCUAAAUUGUCAAAAUGAGGCCAUUCUCCUUUGUCAAAGUCAAAGGACGUAUUGUCAUCGUAAGCAAACCUACAAGAGGAAAUAGACCAUUUUAAUUUAAAAUAGUUCACUGUUUAAAUCAAUAAUGUGGAUACUAACACUCUAUAUAGUGAAGACAACCUAGAGAUAAGUUAAAACUAGCAGUGUGUGUCGAAAUAUUCAUGAAAGCGACGUAUCGAAAUACGCAAACUGAAUCUUAAGUAGUAUUGUAUUUAAUCUACUAAUUUUACUAAACAGGUCUGAACAAUGCUCUCUGAAGACGGUAUGGAGAACAGACGAGGACCUCCCGGAGUCAACUCCAGGUCCAUGAGUGUUGCUCACUCUGCUGCUGAUCUUGAGGUACUUAGGGAAAUAGAGAAUGUAUACUUCCGACCGCCAUCGGAGUUUGAUGCCGGCCGCUAUGUGCUGGAACACGCGCCGGUGACCUCCUGCGAUGAUAUAGAACGCAUGUUCACUAAGCUGAAGCGGCAGCAACAGGUAGUCUCCGGAAAAGCCCUCCAUUUAAUCUCCCAACAGAGAGAUAACUGCGACAGGGAGUUUAAAGAAAUACAAAACAUUCGCGAACAACUCUCAACGACACUACAAACAUGUCAAAAGGCCCGGGUCCAACUCCGAGCCGCGUCAAAUCACCUCACAAUAUCCACAUUUGUAAUACUUGCAAAUUUUCGGAAAAGACAAAUCAUCAGAUCGGUACUGAAAUCAUUAGAGUUACUCAGAAGUUUACGCAGCGUCGAAAAAGAUGUUGCUGACUUGCUAGUAAAAAAAGAAUAUUAUGAAGCCAUAGAUUUGAUUCUGAAAAGCAAAAAGGCUGCUAGUCUUCAUAAAGAGUAUACAUGCAUAUCCGAUUUGGCAUCUCGUCUUCAAGAUACGCUGGAUAUGACAGAAGAAAAAUUGGACACUGUACUAGCAAGCCUCUGCUACAAUUUCGACGAAAAUAUCUUUCGGAAAUUGCGAAAAACGUACGCUCUGCUUGGAAAAACUCAAGCGGCCAUGGAGCAGUUACAUAUGCACUAUUCUUCCGCGGUAAACGAGUCGGCUAUCGAAGCAGUUAAGAGUUAUGUAGGAGACAUUUCCGAUAUGAAAUUCAAAGAAAUGUGUCAGUCCGUGCAAGCGAAUAAAGCUCCUAUUUGCUUGUUGAAUUUGUGCGAAAAUCUCUUCUUAAUCAUGAGGAGUUAUUACCUUUUAGUGGAAUGGCAUUCGAAAUAUGACGAAGAAGAAUCGAUACCGAUCUCGAGUAAUGUUUUUGAAAUCGAAAAGAAUGUUAGCAGAGAGUAUAUAAGGCAGAAAUUAAAAGCUGGGCUUGUUCGGAUCUGGAACGAUGUCCAAGCUAAAGUUUCAACGUUUUUGCGCAGUUCUGGCAUAGAAGAGUAUCCCUUUGAGAAGUUCAUACAAAUGUUAGGAGUGCUGAGAAAACUGACUCAAGUGGCUGAAGUGUUUUGUGGUGAUAAAUCAGACCUUUUACAAGAUUUUAUUAAGACUCAAAGUGUAUUGUACAUAAAGAACUAUCACAAAGGACGGAUGGAGGAAUUGAAGCUUUUUUUGGAAAACGAAGGCUGGGAGCAGUGUCCAGUUAAAUCUACGUUCAAUUUACUCUACCUACAAGAGUUCAAACAGUUCAAAAAGUACCUUAAUGUUAGGACAGACACUUCGCUUCUAAAGACCCAAUCCGAUGGAGCGUCCUCAGUCCAUUCGCAAGAAGACAGCGUCUAUAUCGCGAAGUAUUUCAAACAAAGCACACACCACACGCCAUUCGAGAUCUUUCGCAAUGAAAAUAUAACGAAUGAUGAUAUUUUCGGCCUUGAACCGGAGUUGGUAAGCGAUGAUUCGGAGGAUGACGAACCAGAUGAGUUAAAAAGGGAUUUUGUUGACGAAAAUGAUCGGCCUGAACCGACCCAAAGUCCUAGCAGAGUUACUGACAGUGUUAUAGUCACAAAUACUACGUUAUCAGUCCUAAGACACUGCGGACAGUACCUCCAAAUAUGUCGCUACUUACCCCAAAUUUCAUUAGAAGUCGUGAUGCUAAUGAACCAGCUUUUCGACUACUAUUUCUUCACUGUACAUCUAUUUUUUACCUCGGAUUUAGACGUCGCUUCUUCAACUUUAUACAGUGCGAAAUUGAACUCUGUCUUAAAGAGGAUAAAGAACAAUAUUGAUACGGAUAACUCUGGCGAGGUUGACGGCAAAAUCCCUUGUCCAGAUCCCCCUCAGCAUCUAAACAUGACUUCAGAAGAAAAUUUGCACGGUCUUCCAGAAAGGAUAGUUGCGGUUGAAAGCGUUAUCUUCUUGUCAAAGCAAUAUGAGAUCUUGCAACCUUACUUAGAGUCUAUAGUCGCUCCUCAUCAGAAAAUGAUCUUAGAACAUUUUAAAGAUAAUACGUUGGCCGUCGUUCAGGACUUAAGGGUGCCCGUGUAUAUGUGUUCGGCCUCUAAAGCGGUCGACGCAAGAACAGCUUUAAUAGCCAUGUCGCAAGUCAAAUGGGACGUCAAAAACGUCGCAGUCGAACACAGCGCUUAUGUAGACAUGAUUAUACGCAAAAUACAAGUUUUUGCGCUUCGUUUAGAGAAUAUUUCGACGAAAAUAACUCUUAAUAUUGACAUUUUGAACUCUAUUUGGAGUAUGGUGUCCAAAUUCAUAGUUCAUUUGCUCGUGGAAGGGUUUUCGAACGCGACAAAAUGUUCAAAUGGGGGCCGUGGGCUGAUGCAAUUAGAUUAUCGACAACUAUUCCUAAAACUGGAGAAGAUUUCAGGAUUACGGCCUGUGCCCUUUCAGGAUUACGUAGAUAGAUACGUCAAAGCUUAUUAUUUACCGCGGAAAAGCCUAGAAGAAUUUGUUCUAGAAAGAGUCGAGUAUUCUAAUAAACACCUUCAGGCAUUGGUUACUUGUGCCUGCGAAAAUAAAAAAGAUAGACAAGCGUUGUCUGUGAUUAUUGAGAGUAGAGAUGCGACUGCGUAGUGUUGCCAGGUGAGAUAAUGAAAAUAUAUUUUUAAGCUGGUAACUUUAUUUUAGAAAGUAGUUAAUAAAGCGCUUAUUGUUAUGAUAUGCCUUAGGGUAUAGGCAGAGAUGACCAAUUAAAAUCAUUAUUUUGUAAUAGAAUUUGGCACAAACCCUAAUACUAAUUAUACUUUUGGCUAUAUGAACCCAAGGCCUUAAAAACGGCAGUCGAGGUUCCAACCACUGAACAACCAGAAAUUUAUUUCAAAAAUGUACUUAAUUUUAUUUAUAAGCUUCAUACAAAUUGUGAUAAUUAUAUAAAAAAAAACAAUCAUAUUACUUAUCAAUUUUCAUCAACAUUACACCAUUCUGCUUUGUACCUAUACAUCUUAGUGUGAUGUUACAUAGCCUAUAAUAUUCCUAAACAAAAAUAAUUACUCAAAUCGGACUGAUACUUACAGAGAUUAGUGCGUACAAACAAACAGACAGAAAUACUUCAGCUUUAUUUAACUCGUCGAGUACCGGUUUUGUAGACACAAUUAUAGAACAAUAGGUUGCGGUCACCGGUGACCGCUUGGUAUUUGACAGUUUAAUUCAGAUAAAUUAUAUGAACUAGGUUUAUCCCGCGACUUAUAACAUUAAUUCGUCUUAGUUGAGUUAAGCUCUGAUUGGCUGCUUCAUUGGAGGCGGCCAAUCAGAGCGCUGAACGCGGUUUCGAUAUCGGUAACCGUAAAACGAACUCUGUCUAAGCACUCUGCUGACGGCAGUGUAAGAAUAUAUUUGUCAGCACCCCUACUCCCCCGGGUGUCGUAUACUCGACUAAGGGACUACACUAUGGGCGGUCUGGCAGCAUUUGAGACCCUCGUCUAGGACCGAAUAACCCCUCCAAUUUUUAAGAUGAACAAAAUAAAAGUUUCUCGCGGUUUUCCGGACCUAUUUCGAAACCCCUAUAAGACCGGGGCCCUCGCGGGCUGGCUUGUAUGGCCAGACCAUCUCUGGACUACAUUUGACAGAGACCGGGCAGCAGCGCUCUCUGAUAAACCUGAACCUUUUAGACUGAGUUCACCAACCUAGUAGCAGAGAUUAUGGCAAACCCUCUUAUGUAGAUGAGGCUCAUUCUCUAACAGUGGACUGUGGAUGAUCUACAAAAUUCUUUAGACAUGAUUAUACGCAAAAUUCAAGUUUUUGCGCUUCGUUUAGAGAAUAUUUCGACGAAAAGAACUCUUAAUAUUGACAUUUUGAACUUUAUUUGUAGUAUGGUGUCCAAAUUCAUAGUUCAUUUGCUCGUGGAAGGGUUUUCGAAUGCGACGAAAUUUUCUAAUGGCGGUCGUGGGCUAAUGCAAUUGGAUUAUCGGCAAAUAUUCCUAAAACUGGAGAAGAUAUCAGUAUUACGGCAAGUGCCUUUUUACCGGAGACUGAGAGAGUGAGAAACAGUACACAGCUAUAACCAGAGAUAACAUCACGCCUUUUAUCACCGAAUGGGGAGGCAGAGGUGCACAUUGUGGGAUUUAAAGCCACUGUAC